ACCAAGCCGUCAUAACUUUUUUUACAAAUCAGUUUAUUUUAUUAUUUAAAUCAGUAAAGUGCUCAACAUAAAAAUCAAAUUUCUCUUUUAUUUUUCAAUGUAUUUUCUAAAGCAUAGCAAACUUGAUUUUAAUUGGUUGACAUUAUAUAAAUCUAAAAUUUGUGACAAAUUAAGCAUUUUUGUUAUUUUAAGAUUCAUAUUGCCCACCAUAUCUUGGUUCUUUCAAUACUAUUAUCUAAAAAGAAAAUAUAACUUAUAUUUAUAAUUUAAUAAAAUUUAAACUAAACUAACAAAUUGAUACAUCCACAAGAGUUCUAAGUUAUAAAUUUAGAGAACCCGUGUAUAAUGCAAAAAAAAAAGAAUACUAACUAUUCAUUUUAAAAUGUAGUUUAAUUUAUUAAAUCAAUGCACACAGUAAUAAAUAUAGACACGAUUUAUUUUAACUUGAUACUUAUCUAUUAUUUUAUUUUAAAAUUUUAUGUUUUGUAUAAACUUUAUAUUAACUACUUAUGCUAAUAAUAAUAUAUAAAAUUUAUAUAAUAAAAAUACCGAUGAUAAAAGAUUUUUUUAUCAUCGGAGAUGAUAAAAGAUUUCUAUAACAGGAGGUCUGAGUUUCAAUUCCCAGAGAAGACGAAUUAUGCAGAAAAAUUGGAGAAAUACUAAUAAGAGAUUUUCAGCAUGGUGCAAGGAGUACCGUCGGAAAUAGAUCUCACAUGGCGGUUCAAGGUGAUGCAGUCAUACGUGAAUCCUCGUAAGACAAGUAAAAUUGUCGGUUGUAAUAUCGUCUAUGUAAUGUUUCCAUAGUUUGUAAUAGCAUAAUAAACAGACAAAAAAAUAAUUUUUUAAUAAUAAUUUUAGAUCAUAAUUCACAUAUAUUUAAAUUUGAUACCACACAAGUUUAACGACUAUCAGUGAUGAUGGAUCGGAGCCUCGUUAACGGCUUUCGCUGAUCCAUCGCCUUCAAACUCUCAAGCUCUUUUUUUCUUCUUUCUUUUCUCUCUAUAAAAUCGCAACUUCCUCUGACUUUUCUGAAUCACUCAAAAUUUGUUUUCUCUAUCUCACUCCUUAAUCUUCUGUCUCUCUCCAUCUCUAUCUAAUCCUCCUCCAAGCUUCACAGCUUGAAGCAACAACAUCAGGAUGUUGGAGAAAAAGGUUGAGACUUUCAACAUGAACAGAGUAAUCGAAGACUUCGAGGAAAUGAGCAGAAACGCUGAUCAAGUCCAGAUACAAACCUUAAAAGACAUUCUACUCAAGAACCAUUCCGCCAUUUACUUAAAAAACUUUGGGAUCAACGGAACCACAACAGACCCAGAAGCUUUCAAAGCAUUGGUUCCAUUAGUCACUGACUUUGAGUUAGAGCCUUACAUCCAACGAAUGGUGGACGGUGACACUUCUCCUAUUCUCACUGGCCGUCCUGUUCCAGCCAUCUCCUUAAGCUCAGGAACAAGUCAAGGCCGUCCAAAGUUUGUUCCUUUCACUGACGAGUUAAUGGAGAAUACAAUCCAACUCUUCCGCACUGCUUUCGUCUUCAGAAACAGAGAGUUCCCUAUAGAUGACAACGGAAGAGCUUUGCAGUUUAUCUUCAGCAGCAAGCAAUACACAUCAACAGGAGGCGUCCCCGUUGGCACCGCAACCACAAACGUUUACCGUAACCCCAACUUCAAAGCCGGAAUGAGAUCAAUACAGUCCCUUUGCUGUAGCCCCGACGAAGUUAUCUUCAGCCCUGAUGUUCAUCAAGCACUGUACUGCCAUCUCUUAUCAGGCAUCCUCUUCAGAGACCAGGUCCAAUACGUCUUCGCCUCCUUCGCUCACGGCCUCGUCCACGCGUUCAGAACCUUUGAACAGGUCUGGGAAGAGAUCGUUGCCGAUAUUAAAGAAGGUGUUUUAACCAGCCGUAUCACCGUCCCAUCGGUGCGUUCCGCUAUGUCCAAGCUCCUCAGGCCUAACCCUGAGCUGGCGGACAUGAUCAGAACCAAGUGUUUGAGUUUGAGCAACUGGUAUGGGUUGAUUCCCGCGCUUUUCCCGAACGCGAAGUAUGUCUACGGGAUCAUGACUGGCUCCAUGGAGCCGUACGUUAAGAAGCUGAGGCACUACGCUGGCGAGCUGCCUCUUGUGAGUCAUGACUACGGUAGCUCUGAAGGGUGGAUCGCUGCUAACGUUACGCCGAGGUUGUCUCCGGAGGAAGCUACGUUCGCUGUGGUUCCGAAUCUCGGUUACUUCGAGUUUCUCCCUGUGUCUGAAACAGAGAAGGAACCGGUCGGUUUAACUGAUGUCAAGAUAGGAGAAGAGUACGAGGUUGUUAUAACAAACUAUGCAGGACUGUAUAGAUACAAGCUUGGAGAUGUGGUGAGGAUCAUUGGUUUCUACAACAAGACUCCGCAACUCAAGUUCAUAUGCAGGAGGAACUUGAUUCUCUCAAUCAACAUCGACAAGAACACUGAAAGAGACCUUCAGCUUUCGGUGGAAUCAGCAGCGAAGAGGCUCUCUGAAGAGAAGAUUGAGGUCAUUGACUUCUCAAGCCAUGUUGAUGUAACUACAGAGCCGGGACAUUACGUUAUAUUCUGGGAGGUUUCAGGUGAGACAGAGGGAGAUGUUCUUCAAGAUUGCUGCAACUGUUUAGACAAAGGGUUUAUCGAUGCGGGGUAUAUGAGUUCUAGAAAGUGCAAGACUAUUGGAGCUUUGGAGCUGAGAGUUGUGGAGAGAGGAACUUUUAGGAAGGUUCAGGAGCAUUUUCUUGGGCUUGGUUCAUCGGCUGGACAGUUUAAGAUGCCGAGAUGUGUGAAGCCAAGUAAUGGUAAGGUUCUGAAGAUUCUGUGUGAGAAUGCGGUGAGUAGGUUCUUUAGUACAGCUUUUGACUGAGUAUUGUGAAAUCUAAGAAACGUGAUUUUCUGUUAUUAGUCUUUAUUGUCUAUAGAUUUAUAGUUUACUUUUGUUAUUAAACUAAGAGAAAACCUUUUAAAACUUUUAUAAAUAGAAAUAUGUAUCACAUUGGGUUUACUUUGCAUUUUGUGCAAUCAAUAUUUCUGUAUCCCCUAGACUAUAUUUGAGAAGUGAUUUUUAAAAAUUUGCUUACAUGUCAUCUCUACAAAGACUCUGACAAAAAAAAAGAUGACAUGGCACACUUAAAUAGAUGACAUGGCUUAUGAAAAAGAUGACAUGGCUUGUGAAUACUUAAAACUAUAACAUUAUUCCCCGAAGGAAAACUAUAUGGAAAAUAUAUGAUUCCUAUAUUCAAUCAAUAUGGAAAAUAUAUUAUUCAUAUAUUCAAUGACGUGAAUUCAAAGACGUGAAUGUUAUAUAACAUUAUUCCCCGAAGGAAAACUAUAUGGAAAAUAUAUGAUUCCUAUAUUCAAUCAAUAUGGAAAAUAUAUUAUUCAUAUAUUCAAUGACGUGAAUUCAAAGACGUGAAUGUUAUAUAUAUAUCAUUCAUAUUACCUUGCAAUAAUUAUUUAACAAAAAACUUUAGGCCAUGUCGUCUCACACACCUAAAAAAAAUUCUUCUUCUCUUUUGACCAACACUUAUUCAGCUGAGGAAAAACUCAAACCCCUGCAGGUUCCUAUCGACGAUGAUAAAGAAUACAUCGAAGCUAUUAAAGAAGCAAGUUUUUGGUGUUCAGCAAAGUGUCUUCGUCAACUGUUUUGUACAAUGUUGCUUUCAAAUAAUACCAUAACUCCAGAAAACAUAUGGAAUGCUACUUGGAAAAUACUAUCAACAGAUAUAUCAUGCAACGAAAGGAAAAAAAUGGAUGAUACAAAUUUAAAUUUCUCAGAAGAUCAAAUUAAGAGUUUAGCUUUGGCGGAUAUCAAAUCACUCAUGCGUAUCAAUGGAAGCUCCUUGACAAUAUUUAAGAUUUGAAAUGCCUUAUCAAUAAUAUAAUCUCCGUCUAUUGUUAAACGGUGGCUUUGAUUGCCAUUCUAUUUAUCUUUUAUGUUGUAUUUUAUUAAUAUUAAUUUAAAAUAUGUUAUUAUAAUUAAAUAACAAAGGCAUUUUUGUUCAA